AUGUCUCGACCAAGCGUCGCCCCGCGCAAUCUAACCUUGACGGAAGAGCUGGAGAAGCUGGAGCAAUCCAUCACCCUGACGCUGCAAGAGAUUGAUCACAACUUCAGCAAGGCCCACAGAAUCGUCACAACCGGCAUCUUGCCGCUGGUGGAACAGUAUGGAGAGCACUCGCGAGCUGUCUGGGAGGCGUCCAAGUUCUGGAAACAAUUCUUCGAAUCUUCCGCAAACGUGUCCCUCUCCGGCUACGAAGACCAGGCAAACCGCAACGAAGACGAGACCGGCGCCGCGGACGACAGCAGCGCCAUGAGAGACGAGAUGACAAUCGACGACACGGCCGACCAGCAAGAAGAAGCAUCCAGAGUCAGCGCCGCCGGGCACCACUCGGAAAUGCAUGGCGAGGAGUCGAUGCUGGACGACGCCGAGCUGGCAGGAAGCACGCCCCGUCCCCCCGCGAGCAAGGGGAAAGACAAAAUGUCCAAUCUGGAAUCGCCCUAUGAGGCUAUGCGGCGAGAGAUGGAUUAUGAAGAUGGCAGAACGAUGGCGUCGCAACACCAGGACUCGGACGAGGAGAUGGACUCGUCAGUCAUAUUUGCGCAGCAUACGGCACGACUGCCGGAUAUAUCAUCUACACCGAGGGGUCUGCCCAAUUUUCAAAGAGGGGACGAAUCGGCCCAGCGACAAAAGGAUCCGUUGCUACAUCGCGUCCUGGACAAGACAUAUCGCAUACAAGCUACACCUCACAAGUCGAGCGCUCGGAUUUCCCCCGUAAAAGGCAAGCAGCCGGCGCUGCCUCAACAGCAGCAGCAGCAGCAGCGAGACGUGAAGAUGGGGUGGCAUGAUGAUCCCAUGUCAUCUCCGGAAAUUGCCAUCCCAACGCUGAGAAGCGAAGCCUUCAUGACGCCAUACAAGAGCACCGUACGACAGCGCCUAGCAGCGGCGAGCCAAGCUCCGCGAACGCCCGGCGUCAGCGUACAGACUCCCGCCGCUGCGAAAAAGACGCGGGACGUGUUCGCGGCGGAGGGUGGUGCGGCUUCUGGAGGAAAGACGGCGUAUGAGAUUGACUGGGAGAGCGACGACGACGAUAACCUCGGCAUGAGCCCGCCCAAGACAAUCCAGUUUGCGCUGCCGCCCUCGAAGCUGCUUCAGACACCGGCGCGAGAAGCCAGCAGAAGGAUUGUCGACGAUAUCCUUCUCGAGGCUGGGGGAGGAGUGGACACUUCCGAAUAUAGCCCGUCCAUGGUCAAGAUGAACGAGGACAUUCUUAACGAUAGCUUUUAA